CGAGAGGGAGAGAGAGAGUGAGAGAGACAGAGACAGAUUUUGGCUCUCUCGAACUUGCUCACUCUCACCAAAAAACUCAAUCACCUGCAACAAAACCAAAAGACACAGAGGAGAGAGAGAGAGAGAGAGAGAGAGAGAGUGCUGUGUGUGUAUGGUGUUUGAUGGAUAUGUCGAGACUUAAAUGGAGGUAGCAGGAGUUUGCAGAUACUGAGAGGAGAGAGAAAGAGCGGACGACCCAUGGCGGCGUCGCAGGGCGAGAGAGAGCUGUAAAUUCCAUGGCCCUUUAAUGCAGAGAGUAGCGAGACAGAGAGACAGAAAGAGAGAGAGCAGGAAAGAAGGAAGAAAGGUGAAAUGAAUUGAAGGCUCUGCCACAGAAUCGUCCGACGUGUGUCUCACAAAAAGAACCCAUCAGCAAUUAUACACACCCAACUCCCUCUCACCAUUAUAAUCCAUUAAACCUCGCUCCCACGCACCACACCCGUUUGAACUCUGCUUGAAUUCUCCAUCUUCUAGGGUUUUUCAGCUUCUGGAAGGAGGAAGGAGGAGAAAGAUAGGAGGAUCGUGCGCUCUGAUAUGGAUUUGAAUUCCCAGUCGAAAUCGAGAUUUGUCCGGUCAAUCGUCGCGAAAUGGCUGGGUUCAUUCCAUUAGGAGGAGGAGGAGGAGGAGCUGCUAGAUCAGCAGCAGGAGCAGGAGGAGGAGGAGGAGGAGGAGAUCAGCAGAUCAACCACCCACAAGCCACGGCCACCGCCGAAAUUCCUUGGUUCUAUUACCCGAGAAGCAACGUGGACGACGUGGGAACGUCGUCGACUUACAAGGGUUUGGAGCUAUGGCAUCAAAACCAGCCGCAAACCCAACAACAGCUACACUUCUUCUCGCAGCAGCAGCAGGAUCUCUACGCAUCGGCCGCGGGCCUCGGGGUGGGGCCCAGCGGCGGCGGCGGCAGCGGUAGGGGCUCGAUCAACGUCUUCUCCGACGAGAGCUCGAGAUCGGGAGGAGGCUUCACGACGUCGACCUCGGCGGCGACAACGGGCGGGGGGAUAGGGGGAAUCAGCUGCCAGGACUGCGGCAACCAGGCCAAGAAGGACUGCCCGCACCUGCGCUGUCGGACCUGCUGCAAGAGCCGCGGGUUUGACUGCUCGACCCACGUGAAGAGCACCUGGGUCCCUGCAGCGAAGCGGCGGGAGCGGCAGCAGCAGCUCGCCGCCCUGAAGGAGCACCACCACCAGGAGCAGCGGUUGCAGCUUCGAGGCGAGGCGUCGAAACGGCAGAGGGAUGAUCGCGGGAGGCCUAACAGCUCAGGGUUGGAGUUAGUCGGCAACUUCCCAGCCGAGGUGAGCUCGCCGGCGGUGUUCCGGUGCGUGAAAGUGAGCUCCGUUGACGACCCUGACGAGCAGUUUGCGUAUCAGACGGCCGUGAACAUCGGAGGUCACGUCUUCAGAGGUAUUCUUUAUGAUCACGGACCCGAUCACCCCUCCUACACCAAUGUAGCUGCCGGAGACUCUUCCUCCGGUGGGGGUGGUGGUGGUGGACUGGUUCAGCCUCUCGACCUCAUAGCUGCUGCAGCCACCGCGGCCGCAUCCCCCAUCACCAACGCCGAGAGUGCGCACGUGUCAUCCGCGACGGCACCGUUCUUCGACUCGGCUUCUUUGUACCCGCCUCCGCUCAGCACAUACAUGGCUGGUACGCAAUUCUUCCCGCACCCAAGAUCUUGACACACACAUCACAUUCGUUGCAUUUUAACUCUAAGUCAUAACCCUCUCCUCUCUUCUUUCGCUCUCUCUCCCUCUCUCUCACUCAGUAUGAAAGGAGGCAAACUCUUUGAGAUAAUGUUAUUGCUGUUGCAGUAGCAGUAGCGCUAUUAGUAUGGUAGCUCAUCAUUUGACAAAUCCAUUUGAGAGAAGGGUAGAGAGAGAGAGAGAGAGAGAGAGAGAGAGAGAAUGUGGAAGACAUAGGUUUUAGUUACCAUCUUUUGUUUUCUUCUCCUUCUUGGGAAUCAUUGAAUCUGUGUACGAGAUAACUUCAAUUGUUUGUGCUCUCUCUCCAUCGUCUUUUUGUUGUAUUUGCUUUGGAUUUUGUGGCCUUUCCAUUCUUGGGUCGAUCUUGAUUACAUGUUAUGGGUUGGUUCUUGAA